CUGAGGCGGGUUUGUCCCUGGGCGGCCGCCGUCCGCGAAGAGCAACGAGGCUGAGGCGGCGGCGAGAGGGGUUGGGAUCAGGAAUAGGACCGGGAAAUAGGAUCGGGAACGGGACCGUGAGGGCGCCGCCAUGAGCCGCAGCUACAAUGACGAGCUGCAGUUCCUGGACAAGCUGGACAAGAACUGCUGGCGGAUCAAGAAGGGCUUCGUGCCCAACAUGCAUGUGGAGGGUGUUUUCUACGUGAACGACCCUCUGGAGAAGCUGAUGUUCGAGGAGCUGCGCAACGCCUGCCGCGGGGGGGGUGCGGGAGGGUUUUUGCCCGCUAUGAAGCAGAUCGGGAAUGUGGCAGCGCUGCCGGGCAUCGUUCAUAGAUCGAUCGGCCUGCCAGAUGUCCAUUCGGGCUAUGGGUUUGCCAUUGGCAACAUGGCUGCCUUUGACAUGAAUGAUCCUGAAGCAGUGGUUUCACCAGGUGGUGUCGGAUUUGACAUCAACUGUGGUGUCCGCUUACUGCGUACGAAUUUGGAUGAAAGUGACGUGCAGCCUGUGAAGGAGCAGCUCGCCCAAGCUAUGUUUGACCAUAUUCCUGUUGGUGUCGGCUCCAAGGGUGUCAUCCCCAUGAAUGCCAAGGAUUUGGAAGAGGCGCUAGAGAUGGGUGUGGACUGGUCUCUCCGGGAAGGCUAUGCCUGGGCAGAGGACAAGGAGCACUGUGAGGAGUAUGGAAGAAUGCUGCAGGCCGAUCCCAACAAGGUCUCCUCAAGAGCAAAGAAAAGGGGUCUGCCUCAGCUGGGGACCCUGGGAGCAGGAAAUCAUUACGCCGAGAUCCAGGUGGUGGACGACAUUUACAACGAAUACGCUGCCCGGAAGAUGGGCAUCGACCACAAAGGGCAAGUGUGCGUCAUGAUCCACAGCGGCAGCAGGGGUUUGGGCCACCAAGUUGCCACAGAUGCAUUGGUGGCUAUGGAAAAAGCUAUGAAACGGGACAAAAUCAUAGUGAACGAUCGGCAACUAGCAUGCGCCAGGAUUGCCUCUGUAGAAGGACAGGAUUACUUGAAGGGAAUGGCAGCUGCUGGAAAUUAUGCGUGGGUCAACCGCUCUUCUAUGACUUUUCUAACGAGGCAGGCCUUUGCCAAAGUCUUCAACACCACCCCAGAUGACCUCGAUAUGCACGUUAUCUAUGAUGUGUCUCACAACAUUGCCAAAGUGGAGCAACACGUGGUGGAUGGGAAGGAGCGGACUCUGCUGGUGCACAGAAAAGGGUCAACCAGAGCCUUCCCUCCUCACCAUCCUCUUAUUGCUGUUGAUUAUCAACUGACCGGACAGCCUGUUUUGAUCGGUGGGACUAUGGGCACCUGUAGCUACGUUCUUACUGGCACGGAGCAAGGCAUGACUGAGACCUUCGGAACUACUUGCCAUGGAGCUGGUCGUGCACUGUCUCGAGCCAAAUCUCGACGUAACUUGGACUUCCAGGAUGUAUUGGACAAGCUGGCUGACAUGGGCAUUGCCAUCCGUGUUGCUUCUCCCAAACUGGUCAUGGAAGAAGCACCAGAGUCUUACAAGAACGUGACAGAUGUGGUUAACACCUGCCAUGACGCUGGCAUCAGCAAGAAAGCCAUAAAAUUGAGACCUAUUGCUGUUAUAAAAGGCUAGAAAUUGACAAGGCAGCAGAAACCCAGUGACAUCUCCAGGCCUUUUGCAAAGCUGACUAGAAUCUUCCCAUACUUCUUGAAGACUGUAACAUGCUCAGAUAUCACAUCCCUGUUCUGGAAACACAGCAGUGGAGGAUACCCCUAUUUUUAAUGACUUCUACACAAAAUUAAUGCCCCCCUUCCACCUCCUUGUUAUAUGAUGUUCUUUUCUUGGGACAAAAGGGUAAAGAAAUCGGUCUUGGCUUUUGCUAUGCAGUCCCUCACCCGUUUGGCUGAUUAUUCCACAGGUAGGACUUCCGACUUGCCUGAGUUCUCACUAAUUGCUGUGCUGCAAGACCACCUCCAUCAGCAAAGAUGGACCUGUCUCCACACCCGAGUGCCUGGAGCUCCUCGUGCGUACAGAAGUACUCUGAUCGGCAGGGUAUAGCCCUGCUGGGCAGGGAGAGGUUGCUCUGUUUGCAGAUGGGUAAAAAAUAGGGAGUUGGGAGUGGUCUCCCUCUUGGGUUGAGAGGGAUUAGCCAGGCUUGAGGCGCAAUCCACCCUCUCCCAUGUACCACAGCCCCUGGUGUACGUGGCUCAGCCCAAGUCGGUGUUCUGCAGUCUUCUCUGACUGGUGGUAGGAUUCGGUUUGUUUCUUUGCAAGGUUUUGUUUGCCCAAUAAAAGUUGUGACUUAACAACUUAGAGACGUGCUAAUCCAACGUUUUGCAAAGUUAAGCAUGUGUUAAGUUGGAUGGGAUAAUGUUUGCUGUGUCCUGCAGCUGAUCGAAGUGGGUCAUGUUGCAGGGUCAGGCCCAGUAGGAUGUGACUGCUUUCAGUCAAUGUUUCUUUUAUGUUCAUUAAAUGAGACUGGAGGGGGGGCUGACUGGUAAAUCAUAUUGGGAAUUACAAAUAAAAUGGGAAGAUGGACACUGCA